GGAAGGGGUCGGCAGGGGUCUGACCCGCGGUUGCACAUGAACUCAACCUGUAGAUGUUCAGACUGAACUGUUUUUACCUUCACCUGGUCGUUUCACCUUCCUGUUGGCGUGAUUCUGUGGGUGUGGGAAGCACAUCGGCGCUCACGUUUGGACCUACCUUAUUCUUCUAGUCUCAGAUUGAGUUCGCUGUAGUCAUGCAGGCACACGAGCUGUUGAAGCAGCUGCGAAUCCCUGAGCUGUCUGAGGUGAGGGACUAUUUCCGCAGCCUCUCCACAAACAUUCUCCUUGGCAUGGGUGCGUUCACCGCCGUCACAGCAUACUGGGUCGCCACCAGACCCAAAGCCCUCAAAGCGCCCUGUGACCUGCGCAUGCAGUCAGUAGAGCUGCCGGGUGGAGAAUUUGCUCGUCGAGGGGCAGUUUUAAACGGAGGACCGCUCUUGAGCCAUUUCUACGAGGACGCCAAGACCAUGUACGAGUGCUUUCACAGGGGUCUGAGGGAGUCAAAAAACGGUCCCUGUCUGGGAUCAAGAAAACCAAAGCAGCCGUAUGAAUGGCUUUCGUACUCAGAGGUGAUUGAGCGAGCAGAGAAUUUGGGAUCAGCGUUUUUGCACAAAGGACACUCGAAGGAUGGAGACCCCUACAUCGGCAUCUUCUCUCAGAACAGACCAGAGUGGACGAUUUCAGAGCUGGCCUGCUACACAUACUCUCUGAUAUCCGUUCCUCUGUAUGACACCUUGGGCACAGAAGCGAUAAGCUACAUCCUCGACAAAACCGGUAUCUCUACAGUCGUAUGUGACGUCCCUGAGAAGGCCAAGCUGCUGUUGGACUGUGUUUCGGGCCGGCAGCACUCAGUCAAAACCCUGAUCCUCAUGGAAAACUUUGACACUGAUUUGGUUAGCAGAGCACAGCAGUGCGGCAUCGACAUCAUCAGUCUGAGAGACGCAGAGAAUAUCGGCAAGGCUCAUCGACAGCAUCCUGUGCCCCCUCAGCCUGAUGACUUGGCUAUUAUUUGUUUUACAAGUGGAACCACAGGAAACCCUAAAGGAGCGAUGCUCACCCACAGAAACAUAGCGUCUAAUGUUUCUGCCUUCAUCUACGUCACAAAGGUAAAUACAUUCUCAAAUAUUAAUGAUCUGUUAAAUAAUCUGUUAAAUUUAAUUAAUAUUUUAAUAUUAUUUUAUUUGGGUGUGAUUCUGAUGCACGGCGCACGUAUCGGAUACUUCCAGGGUGACAUUCGAAUUCUGAUGGAUGACCUCACGACCCUGAAGCCCACCGUAUUCCCUGUGGUUCCUCGUCUGCUGAACCGCAUGCUUGACAGGAUCUACGGACAGGCCCACAGUCCCCUGAAGAGACGCAUCCUGGAGUUUGCGUUCAGGAGGAAAGAGAACGAGAUGAAGAGCGGCAUCAUGAGGAGAGACAGUGUGUGGGACAAGAUCAUCUUCAAGAAAGUCCAGGCCAGUGUUGGAGGACACGUUCGAUUGAUGAUAACUGGAGCGGCUCCCGUUUCAGCUCCUGUUCUCACCUUCCUGCGAGCUGCAUUGGGCUGCCAUUUUUAUGAAGGAUACGGUCAGACUGAAUGCACUGCCGGCAGCACAAUUACACUACCAGGAGACUGGACUGCGGGUCAUGUUGGAGCUCCUCUGCCCUGUAAUGACAUCAAACUAGUGGAUGUGGGAGAGAUGAACUAUUAUGCCGCUAAAGGCGAGGGAGAGGUGUGUGUGAGGGGUCCUAAUGUUUUUAAGGGGUAUCUGAAAGACCCUGAGAAGACGAAGGAGGCUCUUGGUGAAGAUGGUUGGGUUCACACAGGAGACAUUGGCAGGUGGCUGCCGAAUGGCACUCUAAAGAUUGUGGACCGUAAGAAGCACAUUUUUAAGCUGGCUCAGGGUGAAUACAUCGCUCCAGAGAAGAUCGAGAACAUUUACAUCAGGAGUGAAGCUGUGGCGCAGGCUUUCGUACAUGGAGACAGUCUGCAGGCCUGUCUGGUAGCCAUCAUUGUGCCAGAUCCAGACUUUCUGCCCGGCUGGGCCAAGAAGAGAGGCAUAGAGGGCUCGUAUGAAGAACUGUGCAAAAAUAAGGAGGUGAAGAAAGCCAUUCUGGAGGAUAUUGUCAAAUUGGGUAAAGAAAGUGGCCUGAAGUCUUUUGAACAGGUGAGGUUCGUCUGGAUAGACUCAAAAAAUAUUAAUUUCCAUUCAUUUGGAUUAUACAGUUUUAACUUAAACUGA